UCCAGACUCUCUUCCACCCUCUCUCUCUCCAAAAUGGCAUCUCCUGAAACCCCCAUAGAAAACCUUCUCCUAAUCUUUCUAUCGUUACUCUCCCUCACUCUCUUCUUCUCAACAACCACAUCCCAAGACAAUCCAACGCUUAGCACAGACCCUUUCUACUACUACAACCUAUGCGCACCGUCCAAGUGUAACGGCCUCAACCUCAGCUACCCUUUCUCCUUCCAUCGUUUCUGCCAACCGCCUAUCCUCCAAUCCUCAUGCCCCAACAACCAAUACCUCGUCCUCUCCAACCCACAUGCCCCGGAACGCAAAUUCCGAGUCGUCCGAAACUUCACCUCCGACUCCAAGAGCGCGUCUUUCACCGUUGCUAGCCAGACGCUCUUUAGCUGCGGCAAGGUAUCCUUUCCAUCCUACACCGACCGCGUUAGCAUCUUCUCCCUCGCUUUCGGUUUCACCUGGGCGACGCACUUCAACUGCACCAGUCGCGCCGAAUCGGGCUCGGGCCUCCUGCCCGCCUCCUGUCUCGGGUGUCCGGGCCAGGAUAAGUCCAGCUUCUGCUACUAUGAGCCGGGGUUCGUGACGCGCCCCGGGUGCGAGGAGUUCUUACUGAUAACGCCGUUGGGGUUCAACGUGAGUGCGGAGAGGGACCUGAGGGCUUUUCUGCAGAAGGGGUACAGGUUGCGGUAUGCUAAGCCGUUGGAUUGCCAGGGCUGCGAGGCCUCCGGGGGCCGUUGUGGGUCCCACCCGCUAUCUACGGCGUUCGUGUGCUAUUGCCCAUCCAGCGUCGAUCCCUUUAACUGCUCUGACGGAACGACUGAGGACCUUCAAACAUGGGUCACUGGCGGAGGAUCUGGACCAUCCAAAGUACUCAUUGCAGCUGUAUCCGCUUCGUCUGCCAUAUUCAUACUUGUUCUUGCACUGCUAGCGACUCUCUUAGUCAUCCGAAGAAGAAAGAUGAAGCAGGAAUCCAAAGAUGAAACUGGCAUAAGCUCCGAAGCUGUCGCUGGAAUAUCCCCAACCAGGUAUUCCUAUUCCCAACUCAAGAAGUUCACCAAAAACUUCUCAACGAAGCUUGGGGAAGGAGCGUUUGGAAGUGUCUACAAAGGGACCAUUGAUCAUGGGCCCGGUGGUGUUGAUGUAGCAAUCAAGCUCUUGAAGGUGUCGAAACAAAGUGAAAAACAGUUCAUGACCGAAGUCGCAACAGUCGGGAGGGUCCACCACAACAACCUGGUCCGGAUGCUCGGUUACUGCGUUGACAGAACGAGACGAGCAUUGGUUUAUGAGUACAUGGAAAUGGGAUCGCUUGAUAAAUACAUUCGCCGCACCAACAACGAUGAAGAAUGCACCAACAAUGAAGAAGAACACAGCGAUUUCAAACAGCUAAGUACUAAGCAGAUGUACAACAUCACCUUGGAAACCGCUAGAGGAAUAUGGUAUUUGCACCAAGGUUGUAGGAGUAGGAUUCUGCAUUGUGAUAUCAAGCCCCACAACAUUCUUCUAGACUCAAAUUUCUCGGCGAAAGUGGCGGAUUUUGGGCUUGCAAAGAUGAUCGACAAGGACCACAGCCAUGUUUCACUGACAGGAGGUCAGGGAACACCGGGGUAUGCAGCUCCAGAGAUGUGGUCGCAACUCUAUGGGCCAGUAACGGAGAAGUCAGAUGUUUACAGCUAUGGGAUGCUUGUUUUGGAGAUGGUGGGUGGGCGGAGGAACUAUGAUCAAGCAGCGAGUGCAUCCAGCCGGGAGUAUUUCCCCGAGUGGGCGUUUAACAGAAUCGAAAGAGGGGAAGUUCCUUUACUGAGGGAAGUGAGAAAAAAGGUAGGAGACGAUAAGGAGGACAUGCAAGUGGUAGAGAAGUUAUGUAAGGUGGGGCUGUGGUGCAUCCAGCAUGUCCAUUCGAAUAGGCCCACUAUGGGAAGAGUGAUCCAAAUGCUAGAAGGAGACGUUGAUGGCAUCGAGAUGCCUCCUCAUCCAUUUCCACGGAAUGAUGCUGAGGGCCUAUUUGGAUUGGUAGAAUCUCAAGAAAUGUAAUUGAAAAUCGCAAUGAUUGCAAAUCCUUAUAUAUAUAUAUAUAUAUAUAUAUAUAGAGAGAGAGAGAGAGAGAGAGAGAGAGAGAGAGAGAGAGAGAGAGAGAGAGAGAGAGAGAGACUACUUACAUGAGAUGUAGGUAAUUGAGAUAUUCAGAAUUAGGGUAUUUCCCAAAUAACAAUAAAGUUACUAUACAUUACAUGUAGAGAAAUGGUAUGCAUGAUCUGGAUGUAUAUGCUGUAGUAAUACGAAGAUGUAGCAUAGAAUGUAUUGCAAAGUGGGAAAAUCUCUUCGCGAGUAAAUUUUUCUUGGGAAGAAGUAGCAUGCAG